AUGUCAACUCUUCCGAAGAAUGUCCACGUUUCAAACCACCCUUGCCUGAGGGCCAAGUUGAGCCAGCUUCGGUCAAAAAGCACACCUUCCAAGGACGUCAAGGCAUUAGUCCACGAAAUCUCCCUUAUCGUGGGCUGCGAAGCACUAGCAUCAGCCAUCACCACAUCUCCCGGCCCAAAGGACCAAACCCCCCUGGGCUUCGAGUAUGAGACCACAACGACCCAGCCCCAGGCCCUGUCCAUAGUGCCCAUCCUGCGCUCGGGGCUGGGCAUGGUCGACGCCGUGCAGACGCUCCUCCCGGGCCCGGUCGCCGUGCACCACCUGGGCCUGUACCGCGAGCCCUCGACCCUCGAGCCCGUCGAGUACUACAACAACCUGCCCGAGCACAUCACCGGCGGCAGCGGGGAGACCCCCUCCAGCCUCGCCAUCAUCGUCGACCCCGUCAUCGCCACCGGCGGCACCUGCGCCGCCGCCAUCCAGACCCUGCGCGAGUGGGGCGCCCAGAGGAUCAUCGUCCUCAGCGUCCUGGGCGCGCAGCCCGGCCUCGCGAGGGCCGCGGGCGAGUGGCCCGAGGGCGUCGAGAUCUACGUCGCUGGCCUGGACGAGGAGCUGACUUCCGGAGGGAUGUUGAAGCCUGGGCUGGGUGAUGUGGGCGACCGCUUGUUUUUGACCAUUGGCAAGUAG